GUCUCCAUUGCUUGUCCGCCUAUAAACAAAGUGAGGAUCGUAUUACAAAGCUUGGUAUAUUUGCAAACGGCAAACGAAAAAUGCCAAACCAUAAGGAAAUGUUCGAGGCCGUUGCCGCCCAAGCAGCGAAGCAGACAAAGGCGACCGGCACAGCCAACAUUGCCGAACAGCUGGCUUUGAAAAUCUGGCGUCCCACCCACAGCGACGCAGUGCUGGGCGUUCAUGAGCGCGAUAUCGUGUUAUCACCACCGAGCAGUGGACGCAGAGCUGGCAGUGGUGCCGCCGGCGGCCUCGGCUCCAAGUCUCUGUAUCAAGCCGAAAUAGAGCGUGCUCUCUACGGCGACACUACCGGACAUCCGAAACCCGAUGGUGAUGGCUACUACAAGGCUGCUCAGAAUUAUGCCCUUGCCGGCGAUAGCUUCUUGGACUUUCCCGAGGACUUGACGCUAUGCUUCGAGGAGCCAGCAGUUGUGCCCCAAAGCGAUGAAGUAUCUGCAGAUGCCAACGACGCCGCAAAUCCCGUGUACGGUGUGCGUUUUGGCAACACUAAUACAACGAAUACUGCGCCUUCAACCGUUUCAACGGCUGCGCGCGAGCCGCCCGGCUUUGAGCGCCCAACAGCUGCCGCCAAGCCAUCGACCGCCGGAGGUCCCUAUGCUGGAUUCGAGCGUCAGACCACCAGUGCUGUGCCUCCAGUGACAAACUCCAACUACGCUAGUGUCGUCGCUCCAUCUAACUUCAAUAACUUCAGUCAGUUCUGCAGCUACCACAAUCUGGCCUGUCAACUGUACCAUCAGCAGCAACAACAGCAGCAGCAACAACAGCAGCAGCAGCAACAGCAGCAGCAACAACAACAACAACAACAGCAGCAACGUCAAGUCGCCGGGACAGAGUCCUUGCCCUUGUCAAGCUCCAAUCUGUCGACAGUCACCCAAGUGGCAGCCACCCCGAUGGCCGCCGAUAUAACGCAGAUCUAUCAGCUGUUCGCGCCCCGUUUGCGUGCCAGUGCCGUGCCUAGUACGGUUUCAGCGGCCGCUCUGUUCUCGGUCUCGGCACCACAAACGGAGCAGCAACUGCUCCUUAUUUCUGUGUAG